CUCCGCGCCACUGGGAGAGGCGGCGCCUGCGCAGUCUGAGCCCGGGCGGGGACUCCCGAAGUCCUUCGGGGACCAGCGGCUGGUAUCCGUAUCCGGCCGGUGGGUCGCUCCGGGCGGCCGGGGAGCGGGAGCUGAGGCCCGGGCCGGGCCAGGCAGGGGAGCCGGGCCGCUCGACCCAGGGCCGUGGAGCCCCGGCCUGGGCGGCGCGGCGCCCUUCCUUGGGUCUGUAGGCCGCGGCCCGGACCCGGUUCCGAACUGCCGGGCAUCUGGAUCCGACUUUGCCUCCCAGGACACUGUUGGUCUUCAAGAAAGAAAAAAAAAAACAGGAGGAGUAAAGCAAAAAUGACUGUGGAACAGGUGAAGGCUGUGUCCCAGGACUUGGUGACAUUCAAAGAUGUGGCAAUAGACUUUUCCCAGGAUGAAUGGGAAUGGCUGAACCAUGGUCAACGGAGUUUAUACAGGAGUAUGAUGUUGGAGAACUAUCGGAGCCUGGUAUCUUUGGGACUUUGCAUUUCUAAGCCAUAUGUGAUCUCCUUAUUGGAGCAAGGGAAAGACCCUUGGGAGGUGACAAGUGAGAUGACAAGGGACCCAUUCCCAGAUUGGGAAUCUAUAUAUGAGACCCAAGAAUUCUCUCUAAAGCAAGUUAUAUAUGAUGAAGUGUUAAUGAAGAGAAUUACAGGCUAUGGCCUUGAGUAUUCCACUUUCAGGAAAAAUUGGAAAUGUGAAGAUAUUUUUGAGAAACAGAUGGAAAAGGAAGAGACAUGCAUCAGGCAAGAAUUAAUCACUCAUAAAGAAAUCCUCUUUAAGGAAACAGACCACAGAUAUAACAAAUCUGGGAAAUAUGUCCAUCUGGACAACAGAGAAGAGAGUGUUCAUAAUCGUAAGUCAGAUAAGAAAAGAUUCUCCAAAAAUUCUUUGGUAAUAAAACACAAGGGAGUCUAUGCAGGGAAGAAACUUUUUAAAUGCAGUGAAUGUGAGAAAACCUUCACCCAAAGCUCAUCCCUCACUGUUCAUCAGAGAAUUCAUACUGGUGAAAAACCUUAUGAAUGUAAGGUAUGUGGAAAAGCCUUUAAUCAGAGUCAACACCUUGCUCAACAUCAGAGAAUACAUACCGGAGAGAAACUCUUUGAAUGUAAGGAAUGUAGGAAAGCCUUCAGCCAAAAUGUACACCUUAUUCAACAUCAAAGAAUUCAUACUGGAGAGAAACCCUAUAUAUGUAAGGAGUGUAGAAAAGCCUUCAGCCAGCCUGCACACCUUGCUCAGCAUCACAGAAUUCAUACUGGAGAGAAACCUUAUAAAUGUAAUGAAUGUGGGAAAGCCUUCAGUGAUGGUUCAUCUUUUGCUAGACAUCAGAGAUGUCACAGUGGCAAAAGACCCUACGAAUGUAUUGAAUGUGGGAAAGCCUUCAGACAGAAUACUUCCCUUAUUCGUCACUGGAGGUAUUAUCAUACUGGUGAGAAACCUUUUGAUUGCAUUGAUUGUGGGAAAGCCUUUAGUGACCACAUAGGACUUAUUCAGCAUAGGAGGAUUCAUACUGGAGAGAAACCUUACAAAUGUAAUGUGUGUGAAAAAACCUUUAGCUAUGGUUCAUCCCUUACUGUUCAUCAGAGAAUUCAUACAGGAGAGAAACCUUAUGAAUGUGAUAUUUGUGGGAAAGCCUUUAGCCAUCAUGCAUCACUCACUCAGCAUCAGAGAGUACAUUCUGGAGAGAAACCUUAUGAAUGUAAGGAAUGUGGGAAAGCCUUUAGGCAGAGUAUACACCUUGCUAGUCAUUUGAGAAUUCAUACUGGUGAAAAACCCUACGAAUGUAAGGAAUGUGGAAAAGCUUUUAGCAUCAGUUCACAGCUUGCUACUCAUCAGAGAAUUCAUACUGGAGAGAAACCUUAUGAAUGUAGGGAAUGUGGCAAAUCUUUCAAUCAGAGAGCACACCUUGCACAACAUCAGAAAAUUCAUACUGGGGAGAAACCAUAUGAGUGUAAGGAAUGUGGUAAAGCCUUCAGCCAAACUACUCGCCUUAUUCAACAUCAGAGAGUUCAUACUGGAGAGAAGCCCUAUAAAUGUACUGAAUGUGGAAAGGCUUUUAGCGAUAGCUCAUCCCGUGCCCAGCAUCAAAGACUUCAUACUGGCCAGAGGCCUUACGAUUGUAUUGAAUGUGGGAAGGCAUUCCGAACAAAGUCAUCCCUUAUUUGUCAUCAAAGAUGUCACACUGGAGAGAAACCUUAUGAAUGCAGUGUAUGUGGGAAAGCCUUUAGCCACCGUCAGUCCCUUACUGUUCAUCAGAGAAUUCAUUCUGGAGAAAAACCUAUGAAUGUAAGGAAUGUAGGAAAACCUUCAGCCAGAUUGGGCACCUUAAUCUACAUAAAAGAAUUCAUACUGGAGAGAGAUCUUAUGAAUGUAAAGAAUGUGGAAAAGUCUUCAGACAGAGUGCACACCUUGCUCAUCACCAGCGAGUUCAUGCUGUAGAGUCACAGGCUUCCAGCUCUUUCUCCCCUCCUAUAUCACCGAGUCCUAUAGACAUAUGUGCUAAAUAUUUCUGGAAUUCUUCCACUUCUUUCAAUUCCCAUUCCCCUAGUCUAAAGCACAAUUGUUUCAACUGGACUAUU